AUGGCGCUGGUGGUGCUCCUGCUACUUUUGGCGGCAGUGGCUCAGGCGAUUCCUGGGAGAAGCAGCAGGUUUCAGCUGGGGGACCUGGAUUUCGAGCAGCCUCGACGACCAGCGUUCUCAGUUGAUGAGCAGCAACAGCAGCAGCAGCAUUCCCUUUCAAGGUUUUUCGAGGUGAGCAAGCCACUUUCAGUUCCAAAGUCAGGCCACUGCGCGUCGCAGCUGCUGCUGAAGUAUUCUUUUGGCAACACGAUCAGCUCGCCGCCGGUCGUGGUGCCUUACAAUCCUCCUCAAGCUCCCGAGUGUAGCGAAGAUUGGGACAAGGUGAUCCUCGUCUGGAAUGUCACGUGCAAAGGCCGGCAGUUCGAUCGGAUCUCGGCCGUGUGGCUGAGUGAAGUGGAGAUCUUCCGGACGUCCACCGCCGAGCCGACCAGGAAAGGGAUCUUCUGGACGGUAGAGAAAGACGUCACCAAGUAUCGUGCCUUGCUAGACAAGCCACAGAGUUUGGAAGUCGCGCUAGCCAAUGUGAUCGACGAGACUUACACCGGGUUUUUCAACGUGACGCUCACUGCCAACUUCUACAAGUCCUCCAACUCGUCUUCUUCUCUGGUGGAUGCCGAGGCUCCUGCCGAUAUUGUUCUUCCAGUCGCGCUGGCAACCUCGGAAAACGGUGGCUACUGGUUCCAGAUCCAAAACAGCUCCGACCCUGGCCGCGUGGAGUUGAGCAAUCUCCCGACGAACAUCUACAAGGCCAAGCUCGAGGUCUACGUCUCCUUCCACGGCAACGACGAGUUCUGGUACAUGAAUCCCACGAACGACUACUUGGACGCCAACAAUAUCAACACGGCUUCCAGGAACGGUCCCUACAGAGAAGUUCUGGUCACUGUCGACGGGUUCCUCGCCGGAGAGAUCUGUCCCUUGCCAGUGAUCUUCACGGGUGGAAUCAAUCCACUGCUUUGGGCUCCAGCAGCCGCAAUCGGAGCUUUCGACCUGCCGAGCUACACUCUCGACAUAACUCCAUUUGUUGGUCUGCUGGUGGACGGUGGCAGCCAUGAGAGCGGCUUCAGCGUCACCAACGCUCUCAGGUUCUGGCUACUGGACACCAACUUACACCUCUGGCUCGACCACGGUAGCUCUGAGACGUCCGGGCAGCUCGUCUCCUAUAGUGCUCCAGCAGCCGAUAUCAGCUACAACGCACGCUACAAAGGCCCGGUCGGCUCUCUCCGGGUGGCCGCCUCUCGGUCUCUCCAGUACUCGGGCUACGUCGAGUCUUCCUCGCGUGGCAAGCUCUUCACCACCUCCUCGUACAGCUACGCGUUCUCCAACCGGAUGGACUUCUCUGGGAACAAUGGCGAGAUAACGACUGUAGAUCAGAGUAUCGACACCAAUGCCAAGGUCGUGGUAGCCAGUGGCGACGAGCAAAUCGAGCUCCAGCAAACUUCCAGCUCGUAUCCGCUCCACGUGUUCGACUCCGAGACUACACCCGCCGAUGGCUCGAUCGUCUCGGAGACGAGGAUCUCCCAUAGAGUGGCGGAGGAGAUUGAGGUGCAUCGCGGCAGUGGAGGCGGGGAGUUUUACUGGAGCCGGCUUGACAACAAGCAGGACGCGGCUGGGAAGAUCGUGAUCGCAGGGAACAAGGUCGUGAGUGGAGGUGGAGCGCUCAAUCAGACGUAUAGUUUCCAGAGCAGUGAUGGGUGCUACUCCAGGACAAUCGAGGCGGGCAGCGAUGCCAUUCAGUUUGAUCGUGUGAGUAGCAGCUGCAUCCCAUUUGCUUACUGUAACAAUUUCUACGAGCACAGCAGAAGAUUUAGAGGCGGCCAAGCAAGCCGCACGAUCAGAGAUGAACAGGUUCACACCAUAUUCAUGCAUGGAGCUGAUUCAUGCUCUUCGUGGGAAGCCACACUCUACGAGAGAUACUUUUGGAAUUUGGGCGUGGUUUUCAUCCAGGAUCCCAGUCUCCAGGAGGCUAGCGAGAGCAUGAGUUAUCUGGCUUCUCUCCUGCUGGAAAACAGUGUCAUGACCAGGGAUUUUCGGGAGCCCUUCAGCUCGCACACACCUCAAGAGGUGGACGACAUCACCUCCCAAGUUGUGGAGUUUCUUUUGCCUGGAUGA